AUGGCUACUAUUGAUUCAGCUCUGCGUUCAAAUCUCACUGGUGAUCUUACCAAAGAUGGGUUUCUAUACAAGCAAGAUGCAGAAGCCGGCCACCGAGUUGAGGAAAUGGAGGUAAAAUCGAUACCUUUCGCAUCAGAGGCAGGAUUACAGUUCUACAAAGUCAAUAUCCUCGACGACCCAUGGUUUGGUCUGGGUCUUUAUAGAGCCUUUGGUGCUAUGGCCGGGGAUUAUGCCUUCCGACAGAGCGACCCAUCCUCUAAAACCGAAUCUCUGUUAAUUCAAUUUUGGAAGAAGGGAUCGAAGGUCACGUUCUGGAAAGGCUCACAUCUUCAAAAAGUGGCUACCAUAAAAGGCGAAAACAACCUGUGGAGAGCUCCUCGAGUGACUCUCACAAAGCUUGGUCUUGAGCCUGUUGAGAUUUAUUUCGAAAAUGGGGGAUUUUCUAUUCGCGAUACCCGCCUAUUCGUUGAAGUCUCGGCAGGAAGUGCUAUAACAUUUGGUGUUGCUGCAGAAGAUGUGCUGAAAAAGUGGUGGACCCCAAUGAAACUUCCGAGAUCACUCCAAAGAGUAGUCAGCGACAUGGAUGGGCCCAAAUUUGGCAUGAAUGUCACAUACUUCGAUGGCAGCUAUCCUCACGGUCGACCACUAGGUGCCAGUCCACCACCCCUCGGAGACUGA